UUUUGCAGGGGAAGGGGAGGGACAAAUAUACAUCCAAACUAGUGUAUUGUAUAUGUAACUUGCUGUUCACACACAAGUAUAGAUAUUGUAUGCACUGUUAUAUUUUUGUGUAAAAAAAUCUACAACAAUAAAACAAUACUUAUGUUGUCUCAUUUAAAAAAACAAAACUCUAAAUAUGUACAUGUCAAUCUUUAACAAAAUUCAGUCAUUCUGGCUGGUAAACAUGGUAUACAAUACUUGAAAAAAAAAAAGCACUAAACCCGUUAUGGUUAGACAGUAGUAAAUCAAUGAGAGAUAAAACAAGUCUUUCAUUAAAUGUUUGACUCUUGAGCUUUAUCAGGUUACAUGAAGGCCAACAGUCAGGUUCUAAGAGGAAGAUUGGGUUAAGUGACAGGGGUUACAGGUGACUAGAGCUGUAGACAACAUACCGUCAAUCAGAGAAUCUGAGUACGGUACAGCUGUAUAUACAUUAAUAAUUUUGUGGGACACAAUGUUCUAGAAUAUUGUUGGCAAGUGGUCUUGUUCAGUGUGCAAAACUUGGAUGGUAGCCAUUUUGAGACAGGUUAUCCUGUGCCUUAUUCUAAUCCAUAAAAUGAGAGCAGCAGUUUAUCUUAGGAAUUUUUAACAUAGUUUUUCACAUGUUCAAGAAAUACGUACAGGGCAUCCAUUAAGGUCUAGGUUAACAUCUUUUAUACAAUUUAAUGAAAGCCCUUUGUUAUGUGAAGCAUUUUGGGCAGACAAAAACUAUGUACAAACUACCAUACUUAGUAUACUACUAAUAAUUAUAAUGUAUUAACAGCAGAAAUAACUGACAGUAAUUGUUUGACUGUUGCUUUUUAAGUAUCACAUUAAGUUGAGACAUUUUUAAAUGUACUAUAUAGAGAAGUGUCAGCACUAUACUAGUUACUAGAGGCCUUGAAAACUAGUCCUGGAGGAUCAGACCAGGAUUGUAAUCUGGGAUUUGGAAGAUCUCCGUAGCUGUCUGAAGAAGGAAUGCAUCAAGGCAUUAAAUCAAAGGAGGUAACCCCAGACAGUAUGGUAAAGCAAGGAAAUUCCUUGGGAACUGUGUAGGGUGGUAGUUCUAGUAUCAGUAAGCAUGUUCUGCUAUAAUAUUGGGGACGAUCCUAAGAUUUCAGAUAUGUAUUUGCUGCCAUUAUUUUUUUUCUUUGGUGCCAACAAUUUCAGACUCCCUUGUAAUGUGUUUAUUAAACUGUAUGUGGUUUUAUCUGGUAUGUUUAACUUUCCCCUUUGAGCCAUGUAUAUAAGGUCCCUUUGUCAGAGGUUAAAUUGCAUGAAAUAACAUAUAAUUUUUUUGGAGUCAAGCUCAAUUUUCAGGCCAAGCUACCCUAAGAGCCAGACUUCUUUUCAAAGUUAUUUCAUCAAAUCCUCCCACAUGCAGUGGACAAUGAAAGAGAUUUGAAAUGCUUAACAAUUCACAAAUGCAAAAUUAUUUACGAACAUUGUCUCUACAUCCACAGCAGGACUUGAACCUGCAAACUCUGUAUCAGUACUUUACAGUAAUUUACCAUGAAGCCAGAACUGUUAAGCAUUUCAUAUCUCUUUAGUUGUCCACUGCAUGUAGCAGGAUUUGAUGAAAUAACUUUGAAAACAAGCUUGGUGCCUCGAGGUAUGGGGAAACAUCGUCUAGUAAUACUAGCAACCUGUUAGAGGUCAAAAUAGAAGGAUACAAUAUAAAAAGCUUAGAUAGGAAUAGAAAAGGUGGUGAGGUAUGUGCCUACAGAAGAAAUGACUUAGCCUACAACCCAAGACCUGAUUUAAAUGACAAUAAACUGGAUUGAUCAAGUCUGUAGUUGUGUUACCAGUUUCUGGCGUCUUAAAUUGAGCAGCAGCAGCAGGAAAUAUGGCCAUUUGUUCCUAUUAUCAGCCUGAUGGCCAUGACAACCACGAUAACCAUGAUGAUGAUGAUGAAGACUACGAUGAUGACUACGAUAAUGGCCACGAUGAUGACUACGAUGAUGACUCUGAUUCUGAUGAUGACUCUGACUCUGAUUCUGAUGAUGACUCUGAUUCUGAUGAUGACUCUGACUCUGAUUCUGAUGAUGACUCUGACUCUGAUGAUGACUCUGACUCUGACUCUGAUGAUGACUCUGAUUCUGAUGAUGACUCUGAUUCUGAUGAUGACUCUGACUCUGAUUCUGAUGAUGACUCUGACUCUGAUGAUGACUCUGACUCUGAUGAUGACUCUGAUUCUGAUGAUGACUCUGACUCUGAUGAUGACUCUGACUCUGAUUCUGAUGAUGACUCUGACUCUGAUUCUGAUGAUGACUCUGACUCUGAUUCUGAUGAUGACUCUGACUCUGAUGAUGACUCUGAUGAUGAUGAUGAUGACGACGAUGAUGAUGACCAGCAACAGGUAACUUUUGGUGUCAGUCACCCUGACAACUUGGCUACUAACAAUGCAGAUAUAACUCACUUUGACUUUUUUAUCCCAGCUUCUCUACACAUAUGUUGCUGUGUAUGAUAAAUCAUGACCUGGUUGGCAAAGCUCACGCUUCACACACGGAGGGCCUGGGUUCGAUUCCCGGCAGGGUGGAAACAUUUUGACGUGUUUAAUUACACCUAUUGUCAUGAUCACCUAGCAGCAAGUAGGUACCUGGGUGUUAGUAGACUGGUGUGGGUCGCAUCCUGGGACA